GCAUGCGCUUUGUUAACAACAACAAAGCAGAGGUAGGCCUCGGCAAACGUUACGUUUGGUAUUACGAACGUUACGGUGGUUUGUUGUCAAGGCCCGUGACGGUAGUUAACAGUUCGAGUGAAAAGCGAAAGCCGGGAAACUUCUUCGAGAAAAGGACCCACUGAGCUAACGCCACCGCCAUUGUACUGCCUCACAUCUCCUCCGCACAAUGAGAGGUUCUUAUGGCGACAGAGACCGAGACAGAGGCCGCGACAGAGACAGAGACCGAGGCAGCCCUCGUUACGGGUCCAGCAGAGGCGGCCCGUCGUCGGGCAGGAAGUUUGGGAACCCCGGGGACCGUCUACGGAAGAAGCGAUGGGACCUGGACGAGCUUCCUAAAUUCGAGAAGAACUUUUACGUCGAACAUUCGGAAGUGCAGCGAUUAAGCGAGUUUGACAUCGAGGAGUACUGCAGGAAAAAAGAAAUCACUGUUCGGGGUUCAGGUUGCCCAAAACCCGUCACGCACUUCCACCAGGCGCAGUUUCCCCAAUAUGUAUUGGAUGUCCUGGUGAAGCAGAAUUUCAAGGAGCCCACAGCCAUUCAGUCACAAGGUUUCCCAUUGGCCCUGAGCGGCAGGGACAUGGUGGGCAUUGCUCAGACGGGCUCCGGGAAGACACUAUCGUACCUCCUGCCUGCCAUUGUGCACAUCAAUCAUCAGCCCUACCUGGAGCGGGGAGACGGGCCCAUUUGCUUGGUCCUGGCGCCCACAAGAGAACUGGCGCAGCAGGUCCAGCAGGUGGCCUGCGAUUAUGGGAAGUGCUCCCGCAUCAAAAGCACUUGUGUGUAUGGGGGUGCUCCCAAGGGACCUCAAAUCAGAGACCUGGAGAGAGGGGUUGAGAUCUGCAUUGCCACACCAGGUCGUCUGAUAGACUUCCUCGAAGCCGGGAAGACCAACCUGCGCCGCUGCACCUACUUGGUUCUGGAUGAAGCUGACCGCAUGCUGGAUAUGGGUUUUGAACCACAGAUCCGUAAGAUUGUGGACCAGAUCAGGCCCGACAGACAGACCCUGAUGUGGAGCGCCACGUGGCCCAAAGAGGUCCGCCAGCUGGCAGAGGACUUCCUGAAAGAUUAUGUCCAAAUCAAUGUCGGAGCUCUGGAACUCAGCGCCAACCACAACAUCCUUCAGAUAGUUGACGUCUGUAUUGAGAGUGAGAAGGAACACAAGUUGAUCCAGCUGAUGGAGGAGAUCAUGGCUGAGAAAGAGAACAAGACCAUCAUCUUCGCGGAGACCAAGAAACGCUGUGACGAUCUCACACGCAGGAUGAGACGAGACGGGUGGCCAGCAAUGUGUAUCCAUGGCGACAAGAGCCAGCCAGAGAGAGACUGGGUGUUAUCAGAAUUCCGUAGCGGCAAAGCUCCCAUCCUCAUUGCAACUGACGUGGCCUCUCGUGGUUUGGAUGUGGAGGAUGUCAAAUUUGUCAUCAACUAUGACUAUCCCAACUCGUCGGAGGACUACAUCCAUCGCAUCGGCCGCACGGCCCGCAGCAACAACAAAAGCACCGCCUACACCUUCUUCACCCCGGGGAACCUGCGGCAGGCCCGCGAGCUGAUUCGGGUGCUGGAGGAGGCCCGACAGGCCAUCAAUCCCAAACUGCUGCAGCUGGUGGACACUGGACGUGCAGGAGGUGGGCGUCCUCGUUUUCGCAGUGGCGGCGACUCGAACAACCCCAACCUGAUGUACCAGAGCGAGUGUGAGAGGCGAAUGCGCCCUGCGGGCGGCGGCAGCGACAAAGAGAUCAGCCGGAACGGCCGCAGAGGAAGCAGCCGGGACGGCGAGCGCUCGUCCUCUUCCUCCUCCUACAGAGAUCGCAGCAGCAGGGACGGCGGGCGCAGCAGCUCAUACGAGCAGUUCCAGAAUACCAGCAGCAGCACCAGCAGUUCUGGGUCGGGGGCCGGUGGGUUGGUGCCGCUCCCGCUCCCGCUCUCUGCGGUGGGGCCACAGCCACUAAUGCAGUUCAACCUUCCCCAGCCCAUGAUGGGCCACGCCCCCUUCCAGUUCGCCCCUCCGCUGCCGCCAGGCACAGAGUAAUGUCGCUUGUGAGUCGGUCCCACGCACACACCCAUCUGACCAUUACAACAUCUACAUUCAAUUUAAAACAAGCCACGACAGAAUGGGGCCUGAUUCCCAGUUUGUUUGAUUGGUCCACUAAAUCAGAGUUAAGUUUCACAGAAGCUAGUUAGGAUUUUGGGGAGAAAUAAAUGUCUUUCAAACUUGCUGUAUUUGUAAUCAGAUUUUCCCUUUAGGUGUAUGAGGUAGGUGUUGUGAAUUAUUGUACAAGAGCGGUUAGUGUUCAAGGUCUUAUCUUGUGUUCAAAAAUCACUGAGUAGAUUUAACAAAACUUGGUGUAAAAGGGAUUUCUUCUUUUUGAUUUUAUUAUUAUACUUAUUUUGGCCUGAUAGAGGCAGCUGUGCAUCAAGCACAUACAUUAGCUUUUUUCCACAUUUGCUUAUUCAGUUAGUCACCAAUGUGGGGUGAGAUUUUCCAUGCAAAAUCAUUUUUACAGUUUAAUAAAGCUCACUGUAUCAA